AUGACCAAGCCUGUUCUCAUCAUUGGUGCUGGAGUGGUGGGCCUAUCACUUGCCAACAGUCUUAACAAGGUAACGAGGACUUUUGUUGACUCAAUUUACACCGUCUUUCAUCACACAGAGGCUCAUUAUUCCAAGGCAGGUAUCCCUUUCGAGAUUUACGAACGCGAUGAACACAUCUCCGUUCGCGGCCAAGGCUGGGCCAUCACUCUGCACUGGGUCCUGCCCUUUCUGAGAAAGAUGGUUUCACCCGAGACUCUGAAAGGCAUCGACUCUGUCCAAGUAGACCCCGAGACGGGCCGAGUCGACACCGGCAAUUUCGUCUUUAUCAAUCUCGAGACGCUUGAGCCAAAGUUCCGUAUCCCACCCAAUGAGCGGCGCCGCGUCAACCGGGAAAAGUUGAGACACGUUCUACUAAAAGAAGUGGCCGAUCGGGCGCACUGGAACAAGCGUCUAGAUUCCAUAGAAGAAUCAGAGGACGGCGUGGUCGCGGUGUUUACCGACGGCACAAGAGCAGAGGGUGCCACGAUUGUAGGCGCCGAAGGGAACAACUCGCGGACCAGACGCUUCGUCGCUCCCGACACCUACGGGAACAACCGGCUGCCCGUGAGGUUCGUCGCCUCAGCCGCCGACUUUACACCAGCCAAAGUCAAGCCGCUCAGGGACAUUGACCCGUUGCUCUUCCAGGGGUGCCACCUGGUCAGCGGCAACUUCCUCUGGGUCAGCCUGCUGGAGUCGCCAGAGGUCAACAAUACCAAAGGGACCGACGAGGAACGGUACCGCCUCCAGAUCAACAUUUCCUGGCCCGUCAGGACGCCCGAUGACGAGGUGAAGCCGUCCAGCGAGUGGAGGCUGGCCGAGAUGAAGCGGCGGGCAGAAGAGUUCCACCCCAUACUCCGCGACGCCGUGCAUGCCAUCCCAGACGGCUCAGAGACGCUCGAGAUUGUCCUGCAGGACUGGCCGUGCCUCGACUGGGAUAAUCACGGUGGCAAGGUGACGCUGGCGGGGGAUGCCGACCAUGCCAUGACCAUGUACCGAGGGGAGGCUGCCAACCACGGUAUUCUUGACGCGUAUAUGCUAGGGAAGGCACUGAAAGAGGUGCAAAAGAACGGCAAAGGGCUGAAGGAGGCUAUACAGGACUAUGAGGCCGAAGUCAGGGAGCGAACGAGUGCGGCAGUUCUGCUCAGUCGUCAAGCUUGCCUUGAUGCGCAUAAUUGGUCUUGCCUGAAUGAGAACUCUGCUGUAUUGAAGAGACGGGCUAUGAUUAGUCCAUGA